AUGUCGACUUGGCAAAAAUAUCGAAAGUCUCCAAGAUUUCCUUCUUCCCUUAUUUCUUUUUUGCUACUUGUUGCUUUGCUAUUUAUGGUGUCAUCACUUCUUUGGUAUGGCACACCUUACAGCUUAUAUGACCGAAGGGUAGUUUCCUACCAUCGUAUGCCUGAUUAUCGCAAUUUGCCUGUGGAACGUUAUUUGGAAAUUGCGCCUAUUGUGGAAAAAUCAGAAAAUUAUUUGAAUGAAAGGAGUUUGCGUUUAGGAAAUAUGGUAAAUACAAGUUUUGCGAAAUUUGUGAAGGAGAUUCCAGCAAAGGACGGAAAUUGGUGUGAACGAAUGGGUAUUGGCAAACUUGACAGUGAGGAACAUAAAAAAUUGGAAGGAUGGGCUUUUACUAACGAAGACAAAACUUUUUCUACAGAGGAGUCAAUAAAACCUGGGGAGACUGUCAAUAAUCAGUGUAUUCGACUUAAAGAAAAAUUUCCUUUCAUUGAUGAACCUCUUUCAGAAGAAGAAAGGGAAUUUCCACUUGCCUAUGGCAUGCUAGUGUAUAAAUCGGCUUUCCAAGUUUACAUGAUGAUGAGUGCUAUUUAUCAACCUCAAAAUAUUUAUUGUAUUUUGGUUGACGAAAAAUCAAGUAAAGAAUUUAAAGAUUCAAUGUUAUUGCUUACUGACUGUUUUCCAAAUAUUUUUGUUAUGGUUGGGAUUAAUUAUAAAAUCGUUUUAACCUUUUUUAAGGCAAGUGUUGGCCCUGUUGGUUGGUGUGAAUUUGGAAUAACUCGUUCACUUUUCAAUUGCCUUCGUUAUUUGACUGAGAGGAAACACGACUGGAAAUAUUUUCAGAAUAUCAAACCUCCAUUAACCUUAUGGAAGUCAAGUAUGUCUUCUUUGGUUCCACGUGAAGUAGCUAAUGUAAUGAUGGCCAGUCCUAAAGUGCAUGAAUUGAUGAGAUUCUUGCAGCACUCAGAUUGUUCUGAUGAAGCUGUUUGGACCACGAUUACAGGAAAUCCACAAGAAUUAAAAAUUCCUGGAGGAUUUAACGCUGCAGCUUUCCAUUUUGAAAGAAUGGAGUGUCUUAAACAUAAAAAAGGAAAUUGGACAGCAAUUAUUGAACAGGAAGUGAAAGCAAUGGCAGAAAGGCAUCCAAAUGAGCCUUUUCUCCCUGAUAAUUAUUAUAUCGCUCGUUAUCAAGUUUGGGGUUCAUCUACUUUACAUAAAUGUUAUUGUUGGUUUUAUAGUUUAUGUAAACUUAAGUUUAAAAAUAAAUGA